GUAACCCCUGCACCGCUCCCAAAGAAAGCCGAGCGUUGACAUCCACCCCUCCACAGGAGAGACAUACAUAAGAAACGGUGCAGCUGCACCCAGUCAACAGCCUGUCAAUCAACAAACCUCACUACAUCACGGGGAGCGAAUACGAAGAAAAGCGACCAACGGUGACCAGCAGCCAUGAAUCUUGAGCCGCCCAAACCAGAGAUCAAAUCCGCCACCCGUGUCACCGGUGGUCCUGCCACACCACGCAAAGGACCACCCAAGUUCAAGCAGAGGCAGACUCGCCAGUUCAAGAGCAAGCCACCAAAGAAGGGUAUCCAAGGUUUCGGAGACGACAUCCCUGGCAUGGAAGGUUUAGGCACUGACAUCACUGUCAUCUGCCCCUGGGAGGCCUUCAACCAUCUGGAGCUUCACGAGCUGGCUCAGUAUGGUAUCAUCUGAGCCUGUCACCUUCCCAUCAUCCUCUGGGCAAUUUAGACCCUUUCCUGUCAUGUUCCCCAAACCACCUGCCUCCAUCCUGGCCAUCGUCUCCAUGUGGACCGUUCCAACUUUUAUAACAGAAUAAACACCAAAAACCGCAACAUUUAUAAAAAUGGAAAAACUACGAAAAAUCAACAUCAACAAAAAGAAAAUCUGUCUUACUAUCUAUCCCACCGGUUUCUUUUCUUUCUUGCAGUCCAAGAACACGUUCUGCUCAAACUAUAGAACAGAAAAGUCUAUACGAUCCCGUCAGAUCAUAUUCUGUUUGCCUAGAAAAACUGCUGCUCUUUUCUUUGCUCUCUUCUUCUUUUUCUACUCUCCCUCCCUGUUUUCUUCUGGAACACAAAACAUACGCAAGCAAGACAGCCUCAGAGUGAGUUAAAGCAAGACACGUGCCCGUGAAAUGAAUGGCUUCUCAUUUCACGUGCUUCGGUGCCUCCUCUGUCCACCUUCGCCGAGUUCAUAAGAAAAGAUCGAAAUCCUGUAGAGAUGAAACACUCUGCUGGCCGACAUUAGAUUCCCAAAACUUUAUUUCAUCCCAUUAUUUCCCCAUCAAGGUAAUAAUUGCUGAUUUUAAUGCUUCGACCUUUUCAGUCCCUUGUACUUUUUUGUGUGUGUGUGUGUGUAUUCUGUGUAAGGAUACCCUCAGGAACCGUGUAUCAUGUUUGCUUUGUGCUUUGCAACCCCUUCAUUCAAUGCAUUUAUAUGUUAGCACACAUACAGGCACAAUUUCAUUUUUGGCUAUAAUUUUCGGUUUCAGUAAGUCUCUCAGGUGACUGUUAUGGAACAGUUUUGGGCUGUCAUGUCUUGUGUUUCUUUCAUCCGUGAUCAUUUUGUAUAGUGUUUUUUUUUUUUCUUUUCAUCGCCAUCGUCUGUCAUCCUCAUCAUCACACUCCUUGUUAUCAUUGUGCCCCACUUUAGUAUCAUUUCUAUCUAAUGUAUUCAUUACUUUCCAUUUGUAUAUUUCAUUGUAAAAUAUUAUUCAUUAUAAUUUAAUCUAUUCAUUUAAAUGUCCUGUAUCUUUCAUAGAUUUAUGAGUUUCUUUCACUUAAUUGGUAUUGUGUCAAGUAUGUGUUUAUUUCCCUAUGUUUAUGUUUGUUGCAUGCUCUAUCUUUCACUAUUUUGUUUAUGUUCAUUCAUUCAUUUGUUCAUCCAUUAGUUUAGUCACAUUCUAGAUUUUUCAUUUAGUAAGAAAAGCCGAUUUCCUGCAGAGUCAGAUCCUCAUGUAUCCAAAUAAUACAUCCAAAGUAAAUUCUAUGAAAAGAUGUGGUUUGCACAAGCAUGAACAUAUGUUAAUUUUUGCACAGAUCCUUUAUAUGUGUUAGGACUGUGUGUCCUUCUGAAUCCUUAAGUCUUGAGUGAAGUUCUUCUGUGUUGUUUAGGCCUGUAUUUUGCAGAUAUGGGGUUUCAGGCUGAACAUGUAUCCAUUUUGAGAGCAUGUUUGAGGGUUGACAACAUCAGUGACUAAAGUGAAGAUUUCUCUCUACGGGAUGAGAUCAAAAUAAAGCUUGAAAAAAA